GAAUACUUUGGAACAGAUGAUUUUACCCAUUGGUCAGAAUAUGCGGUUUUGAUUGAACACCAUACUUCAUUGCAUUCCAUUAAAUCUUAUUAUUGAUCCUGGCUGACAACUCCAGGGUGAAGGAAGUUUCUGAUGAACUCCACCAACGGAGUGGAGCAGAGAACAGGCUUUGUGGAAUUCAGCUCCGACUACAUCGAUUCGCCCAAGGUCAAUACUUCAAAACAUUUCCAUUUUGAAAUGCUUACCUUGUACAUAUGUUUGUCCUCUGUAAUUGCGUGUCUUUCUUUGUUUGCUGAAAUCCAUACUUUUCAAUAUACGUCAAUCAAAAACUGCCGACUUGUUCCUUGUUGAGAUUCAAUUGGCACAUGCACACUUGCGCUGAGUUGCCAUCUUAGUGCAACAGCAAUGAGCAAACAGUCUGUGGUUGUAUUUGACUAACAUUUAUUGAAAAAGUAUGGAUUUAAGCUGUUGGGUUCUAACUUGAAAUAUCCUUAUUCAUGUUACCAUAUUAGAACUGGGUGUAUGGAAAUCUACUGAGUGAGAAAUGGGAGUGCAAAAAGUUUACAUUCUAUCAGAACAUGUUAUUGUUAAAUCUCAUGUAUCCUUUGGAGAGGAGAAGGGCAACUGAUAAGGUAGGACAGCCAUGAGUUAGGGAGGAGUGAAGAAUGUGGGCCGAGAUGUAUUGGCUAUCCAGAUGUGCAAGGAGGAGCCUCCACCUAGAAGGAGGGUAUAAAUAUAUGGGCCUGUGUAAACAUGUCUUUGUCUUUUUAGCUGUUUGACCCAAUGGGUGAAUAAACUUGGUUUGAGCUUUGACUGGUUGUCUGUUAGUUUUUCACUCUGUUUGUCAGAACCUAACAAAGCAAACAAAGAAAGGCACGCAACUACAGAGGAUAAACAUAGGUAAAUGGAAGCGUUGCAUAAUAUUUUCGACAUUUUUUAUUGACCUUGGGCAUGUUGUCGGAGCUGAAUUCCACAAAGCAUUGUCUCUGCUCCACACCGUUGGUGGAACUUAUCAGAAACUUCCUUCACCAUGGAGUUGAGUUUAGUCAGCUACAUUGCACCCUGCCAACUCAUAUCAGUACUACCAUCAUCAUAGUCAGAGGCCUCAGGGUGCGUUUGCCACCGCUGUGUGAGCAAACAAUGACGGAGGACAGGUUGAAGGCAGACCCCUCCAAGCGGGAGGGUCUGGACUCAGGAGAGGGAGACACAGAGCCUAGCCUGCUGCUGCAGAAACUAAAGAGCAACAUCUCUGAGAAUAUACAGGGAAAAGUGGACGUUAUCUUGCAAGAUGUGCAGCGCUUCUCUGACAACGACAAACUCUACCUUUACCUCCAGCUGCCUUCUGGCCCCAGUUCAGGGGAGAAAAGUCUGGCAAUGGCCCCGCUGGCACAACUUAGGCGGUGGUGUAUUUCUGCAUCGAUGUCAGCUUUGGAGGACAGAACACUGCCAAGCAGCAGCAGCAGUGACCCCAGCUCCUUCAACACAGCUGACCAGCUGCACACCUGCAACUGGAUCCGUAGCCACCUGGAGGAGCACAUAGACACCUGCCUGCCCAAGCAAGACGUGUACGAGACAUACAAGAGAUACUGUGAAAACCUGCAGCACCGGCCUCUGAGUGCUGCCAACUUUGGGAAGACCAUCCGUGACAUCUUCCCCAACAUCAAAGCCCGGAGGCUCGGUGGCAGGGGACAGUCCAAGUAUUGUUAUAGUGGAAUCCGUAGGAAGACAGUGCUAAACAUGCCACUGUUGCCAAACCUGGACCUGAAAAAUGACCCAUCGGAGCUGACGGAGCUGGUGCAGACCUACAAGCAAGAGGUGACGGAGGCGGCUUGUGAGCUCAUCUGUGAUUGGGCCCAGAAGAUCCUCAAACGUUCCUUUGACACAGUGGUCGAGAUCGCCCGUUUUCUUGUGCAGGAGCACAUCGUCAACCCACGCUGCAGCCAGGCUGAACUCGUCACUUCUGCCGCAAUGGCAGGAGGACCUGCAAAGCCCCACAAGGUGAUCAAGAAGAAUCCAGUACCGUCAAAAGGAGGUGGGCCGGAGACAGAAGGGAGCAGCUCUGAUGCUAAGAGGGAUAAAGAAGUUGGGGAUCAGUCGUCGCCAGGGACACUGCAGUCCAGUGACAAGCCAACCAAAGGGGCGGAGUCAGUACGCCCGGGGGGUCGUGACCUGCAGGUGGAGGCUCUGAUGAAGCACCUGCCCCGAAUCCUGCCUCGCAGCUCCGUCCCGGAAAAGUCCCAAGGCGGCGCUCUCCCCAUCAUGAUCCUCCCCCACACCGUCAGCCUAUCCUACCCCGAAAAAGCCCCGCCGGUUACCAUGGCGCCUGUGGCACCGUCGUCGGUGGUGCAGAGGGCCCGUGCCGUGACCAAACGGGCCCUCGAGGCUCCGACUGCAACCAGCGGGGGCCCCGGGCCGGGAGGCACGCCGGGCAAGCGGAAACGAGGACGACCCAGGAAGCCACGGCCAGAGGACACCACCUCUCCGCAACCGCCCCCUCCGUCCCUACCUUCGGUCAACCAAGCCCCCAUCAUGAAGUCCCUCACCGGAGGGGUGAUCCAGAAAGCCUGCUCGUCCUCCUCCUCUUCCCAGGUGGUGGAGGUCGUGUUCCAGGACCAGCAUGCCGUGGUGCUCGGCCAGCUACAUUCGGUAGCGGACUCUGGCAACCCAGAGCACCGGGGUGUGGUGCUCGAGACUGACCCACGGCCCCUGCUGCUGCUGCCAGGGACCAGCCACACAAACUGGGACGUGGGCAGGGCCAUGGUAGAGGUCAUCCAGAGGGCACCGAGACCCCCCACCACCAAGAACAACAACAACUCCCAGUCUACCCCCCAGCACCGCCUGCCCCUGCCCACUUUGCUGGAGGAUCGAGGUCAGGUGGAGAUCACCCUCACUCCCACGGAGCCUUCGGAAGAUCUGCCGACCCCCACCACCCAGGCUAGCUCGGAGGGCCGCCCUGCGCCUGAUGACAGCACUAAGGUUGAAAGACCCUAGCACUGGCCCUCCCAGUCCCGAACCUCACCCUCCUUGUCCCAGAGACUAGGGAGCACUAAGGGACUUUAUACUACCCUCAGCAUGAGGAUAACCACGCCCAAUCCCCCAAUCAUCUUCUCCCAGGUAGCAAGCUUCAUCUUGCUCCACACAGUCCCUCUCCCAUCUUACCGAUUGGUGGAAAUCCGAGAUUGGCGGCACAGAGAGCCAAGAUUGAUGGAGCCAAACCCCUGUUGACCUUCCAUUAGUCCUUGCAUUUGACAAUGUAAAAAGGUCCGUUUAUAACUCUCUGCUGUGACUCUAACUGCAUGUUUUUCUUUGUAAUUGUGAGCGAAGAGAUAGAUAAAGGCGUCUCCAUACUCCUGAGAUUGGAUUUCUUGUAGUUCUGAUGAUGAGGAGGGGCUAUUUACGGGUUCGGACCAUUCGAGGUUCUAAGUGCUACUCUCCCUGAGAGGAACUCCCCUCAAAGCGUUCUUUUUUAAAUCUUUGGUUGUGUUAUUUUGAUGUUUGUAGUUGUGCUUUCAAAUAGACUUCCAGAGUAAAGGCGUCCGCAUGCUUCCCAGACUAAACAGUUCGGAAGAGUUUGUGCAUAUAUUAUGAUGACAUCAUCAUGUCAUCAUGUUCGGGCACAUGCAAAAAAAUUCUAGAGGCAAGCCGAAGUCGGUAGCUGAAGUCUACGCCCCUUCGUCAGUGAUUGAUCAACGGUCGGGAUUCUUCAAUAAAGUCUUUGUUGUCAUUGAACAAGAGACGACUCAUUUUCAUGCACAUUAUUUCAUUCAGAAAUACUGCAACAAACAUCUUAGUUAGAUGUAAAAUUGCGCGACUAAGAUCUUUGUAAAAACGUCUAAAUUAAUGACAGAUUUCUUGAGUUAUCUUAGAUGAAUUCUGUCUAUUUAGAGGAAGUGUAUACUGACUCCGGCGUCUCAAAAUGGACAAACAGUACUAUUGCUGCACCGUCGUCGGGUUUGCCAAGCCAAGUGUGGCUAGUCGGCAACCACACUGAAGCAUGCUGACGCCUUAAGAAAGGAGAAGGCAUGACACUGCUGGUGGAACUACAUUUAAAUGAUGCCCCUGUCAGGCAUCGGAACUGUAUUCUAAAACAUUGUGUGACAAGAUUGUGAGUUUUCCCCCCUUCCCCAAAACCCCUAAGCUGAAGUAUGACGGAAAAGCGAGCACUUACCUGGGCGUAAUUCCAAUAUUACAGCACUUCCUGUUAGCGACUUAGUGUAGAUGACAAAACAUUAUAGACACCAUAUAGGCAAGACUAUGACAAACAGUCGUUUAGGUUUGCCUUUGUAUUUUGAAUUUACAGCACCUCAGACAAAGGCAUCAAAGCACAAACCUGCGAGCCUAGUGUAAAACCUUGAGCGUGGCAAAGAGACUUAAUGGAAUAUUAGAGCUGAUUUCGUAAAUAAUUUAGCCUGAUGCUAAUGUAGUUUGCCAAACCCUUUUUUAUAAGUACCUGUAUAAACUCUAGUACAAUAAUAUCAUUUUCACAAUUUCAAACUGUCUGGCAGAGACAACUGUUGUUUAGCCACCAUUGCCAAACUUUCAACCUCUGGCUUUGCCUAGGGGUGCAUACAUCUUAUGUGGUUUACGUAGCAGUACAUGAUAAUGUAAGAUACUGAUACCCUUCUCUCCAAACCCAGCAUAUCAUCCAAAGUAUGAUCAACCUUAAAUAGGCUGGUUAUGUGUUCUUUUUUUAUACCUUCCAUCCUUUGACAAGGGAAGAUUUCAAUUUGUAAUCUCCAGCCUUAGCCCUUUUGGAAUUAAAUUGAAACAGAUGUCAAGAGUAUUUGCACUGAUAUGAAGAAUGCAAAAAGGGAAGAGCCUGUUAGUUAAUAAUAGUAAUGAUUACUAGAAAUUAUAAACUGGGUGGUUCGUGCGCUGAAUGCUGAUUGGCUGAAAGCUGAAUGGCUGAAAGCUGUGGUAUAUCAGAUUGUAUACCGCAGGAAUGACAAAACAUUUAUUUUUACUCCUCUAAUUACAUUGGUAACCAGUUAAUAAUUGCAAUAAGGCACAUCGGGGGUUAUGUUUAAAGGCUGUAUUUAGGCACUCCCCGUUGCGUCGUGCCUAAGAACCGCCCUUAGCCCGUGGUAUAUUGGCCAUACACCACAUCCCAUCGGGCCUUAUUUCUUAAUUAAACAAUGAUUAAAAACAUGAUUGUUAUGCUUGAGGUAGUUUUGGAACAAGCAAUGUUAGCUUUAUUUUUCAUUGGAGUUGAUUGUCAAAUUUGACUGAAUUGAGAAUAAGCACAACAGAAUUAUACUUUAUUAUUAGCUUAUGCCACGUUAUUGUCCUUUUGUAAACUAUGGGCUUAUGAAGAGACAAACUGGAUGUAAAUUCAUGGUGCAUACAUUUGGUGCUGUAAUGGUGAUGACUCAAGAUUGUCUACACACUACGCUAUUUUCCCGGGAAACAGGGAUUCCCUGUCUGUCUUCAAACCCUGUAGAUUUUCUUCCCUGCCUGUAUGUAGUACAGGGGUGACCAACCAUAGACAUACAUGUGGCCAACCUUCUUGUAGGCAGGCUUUUGUCCCUGCCCUGUUCUUACACACCUGAUUCUAUUCUACUAAUCAACUGCUCAUUAUUAGCUAAAUCAGUUGUGUUAAAGCAGAGCUAGAACGAAAUCCUGCACACUUUGUAGCUCCCCGGUGAGGACGGUGUGCCACCCCUGAUCUAGUAUAUUCUAUUGGUCUGUUAAUUGUGUAAUUACAUGUGCAUAGUUAUAGUAACUCACCUUAUCCUCAUUCAUGACAUUGGACUAUGAGCUAGCAAUGAUCUCCCGAGUUGUAUUAGUCAAUCGACAGAUCAAGUUAAUAUCAGUAAAAGAGGUAGGUUUGAAUGAAGACUACAGAUUAACUGUAGGCCCAGGGGACUUACAUGGGAAACCUCUUCCAUAAAUAAGUAUAUGUCCUUUAGUGUGCAGUCAAAUGAGUAUUGCAGUAAGUGAAUGAGUGAGUGGGAGAACUUUCACUGUGGAGCCACGGUGCUCAAAAGAAACGGGUCAGAGAAUCAAAGAUAAGGAUCGGGAUACGGGUAGCAGUGCCUUGACCUUAACUGCCGGUUAAACCACAUCAUGACCGACCACGGUCAAGCUUUGCAGAUGCUCUGUUGAUGGUGGUAACACUCUAAACUAGCCCGGCUAGCUAUGUAGGGGUUAAGUAGCUUCAUAGCUUUGCUUUGCGGUUUGUUUGAGUUUAAUGCAAAUAAAAAGAUUGCAAAUUAGUAAUUUUGCUCUUAUUGUUGUUUUAUCAAAUCUAUGAAAACAUUUUAUCAUAUGUGCUUUUGUGGAUAUAAGUCUGUGAAGUUUCAUUUAUUGUACAGGUCACUUGAAGUGCAGUUUUAACAUGAAUGUCUUUGAAUUUCAAAGACACUUACAGUUCAAAGAAACCUAUCCAUGCAUGGUUUUAUGUGACAGUGAUUCUAUUACUCUAAAAUAAAAAAUAAAAACACUGUUACUCCUAGCUUAGAAAAAUGUCAAAACUUAAAAUGUAUUGACUAGGGGUUUAAAAAUUGGAUGUGUUAUCUGUUUUAGUUUACAUGUAUAACCCCCAGGUUGUGUUUUGCACUUUAUUCAUACCGGAAGAUUAACUAAUUUAUAAUUGGUGUACACAUAAAAACAGAAUCCUGAUUUGAUAAUUAAGUGUCACACCUUACAUGUUAGUAAUUGUAUACAUGCGACUCUGAAUGCCCUUGUUUGAAAUUGUUUCCAAUUCGUUUUUUUGUAAAUCAUCGUCUCAGAGAUUUUGUGACAUUUACAUCUAUGCUUCCUUUAAAAAAACACAACUAAACAAAAUGAUACCAACGACUAAUGUGAAUAUAUUUUCCUAUGCUGACUGUAAUAAAUGUUGUUAAAGGUAACUGGAGAGAUGUUACAGUAGGUGUU